AUGGACGUGACGUUCGCGACGCCGCGGGGCCGGGAGUUCACCCUCGAGGUGUGGUACUUCGCGACGGUGCGGGAGGUGAAGGAGGCGGUGCGCGCGCGCGAGGGCGUCCCCGCGGCCUCCCAGCGCCUCUUCCUCGGCGGCCGGGAGCUCGACGACGACGCGCGCGACGCCGCGCACUACGGCGUCCUCCAGGGAUCCCGCCUCCUCCUCCUCCUCCCCGACGACGACGACGCGCCCACCUCCUCCCCCUCCCCCGCCUCCGCCAACCCCGCGGCCGACGUCGUCCGCGUCGCCGUCUCGGCCCCCGCGAUCGGCCGCACCGUCGCGCUCGACGUCCGCGCGGCCGACACCGUGGCGCGCGUCAAGGAACUCCUCCAGGACCGCACGGAGGGCGCGCUGCCCGCGGCGAGGUCGGCACUUUUCGUCGGCAAGGCGGAGAUGGACGACGGCAGGGCGCUGGCGGACUACGACCCUCCGGCGGACGGUGUGAUGGAGCUGUGCGUCGUCGUGCGCCAGCCGCCCACCUCGGAUGCGGCGGCGGCGGCGGCGGGCGGCGGCAACGGGGUCGGGGCCAGGAACCAGCAGAGGAUCGCGGUGAAGGUGAUGUUCGGCGCGAGGGCGGUGGCGCUGGAGGUGGGCGCUAUGGACGUGGUCCGCGACCUGCGCAAGGAGGUGGAGAGGCUGCACCUCCCCGUGCACGACGGCAGCGGCGGCGGCGGCGGCGGCGGCUACUUCUUCGUGUACAAGCAGAACGUCAUGGACGAGGACCGCACCCUGCGGUGGCACGAGGUCAAGAACGGCGACACCAUCGAGAUCUUCAACGGCACCGUCACCGGCGGCGCCUGACAGGAUACGAUCAGAUCAGAUCGUGGGGUUUAGCAAAGGGUUUAGGGGUUUUUUCAUCUUCAAUCUUUGCAUUGAGAUUUCAGAGUUGCAUUGCUUCAAAGUAAUCAGCAUACAGUCGUAUUGUGUUCUGUAU